UUUGUCUACUAUUAUUCCAGUAACCGAACAGCCCGAAAGAAAUAGCGAAGGAAAAAAAAAAACCCUAAUCUCUACAGUUCUUCCAAUUCCUCACUCAAUCUGCGCAAAGCUCUCUUUUUUAACUUCAUAAUCUCUCCCGCCAUUUCUUCUAAUCAUCAGCGAAUCUCAGCCGUUGAUCUCUUGAUUGCGUAUCACUCUGUUUUGCACCUUCUCUUCUCACUCUGAAUGUCAAUGGAUAGGAGUGGCCAUGGCAUACUAACACAUGGAAAGAAUUCAGAAUUUCAAAACGAGCUUCACGAAUCAAAUCGAGCCGAUGUUGACAUGGGUGAAGAAUGUAAAAGCUCUGAAACCUCCUCUCCUGAAAAGAGUCGAGAAGCUACUGAAAGCGAGAGUGAUAGUUGGAGUGGAAGUGCUUCUUUGGUCGAGAAGAGUGCGGUGGAAAUUAAUGGGGACGAAUGCCAGGCACCCCCUGAAAUUCCCUUAGUCAACAAGUAUGAGAUGAAUGUUGAUAGUGAACAAGAGUCUCAGAGUCUGAAUACUGUAUCUGUUGACGAGUUAGGUCCCGGAGUUCCGGUAAAAGAUGGCAAAGGUUUAUUUAUGGUUCCAGCAGUUGGAAUGGAGUUUGAAUCAGAAGAACAUGCAUACAAGUGUUAUAGUAGAUAUGCUGUAAUGGAAGGGUUUAGUAUUAGAAAAGAUUUCGUGAACAAAAGUCGAGUAACUGGUGCUGUUGUAUCCCGAAGAUUCACCUGUUACAGACAAGGUUAUAGACCUAGCAAGCAUAGCAUGAAUACAAGGAAGCCCCGCAAAGAGACGAGAACUGGUUGCUUGGCUCAUAUGACUAUUGCAUGGCAACCUUAUGGAAAGUUUCGUGUCACUAAUUUUGAAAACAAACACAACCAUGAGUUUGUGAACCCGUCAACAGCUCAUCUGUUACCAUCACAGAAGAGGUUAGCCUUUGCUGAAGCAGUUGAAGCUGACUUAGCGAGUAGUUCAGGAGUGGAUGGGGUACCUAAGCUUGGAAUGGGGUUCGAAUCAGAAGAUCAUGCAUAUGAGUUUUACAAUUCAUAUGCAGGAAAAGUUGGUUUCAGUGUUCGAAAAGAUUAUGUGAAUAGGAGUAAGAUACAUGGUGCUGUGGUGUCAAGGCGGUUUACUUGCUUCAGAGAAGGGUUUCGCCAGAAAGAUAAAAGGGAUUUGAAUAUAAAGAGACCUCGAAAAGAAACAAGAAUUGGUUGUCUGGCGCAACUAGUCAUUUCUCGUCAGUCUGAUGGUAGCUACCGUGUCACUAAUUUCGAAGAAAAACACAAUCACGAGCUUGUUGCAGCAUGUCGGAUUAGAAUGUUACGAUCACAAAAGCAGUUGGUUGCAGCCCAAACUGCUGAAGGCAAUGCAAUUGAGGGUCGUAAGAUACAACUAAAAUCAGCAUAUGAAGUAUCAUGUAACUCGAUUGGAGAUUGUGUCGACCAUGAAUAUGAUCCAGUAGAUCAAAGAAGUAAAUUGAUUUCCAAAUGUACUCGAGAAAUGAGAGAUGGAGAAGCUGAAAAGAUACAACAAUAUUUUCAGAGUAAGAAAGUGAAAAAUCCAUCCUUUUUCUAUGCCAUCCAACUUGAUGCUGACAAUCAAAUAGCUAAUAUUUUCUGGACUGAUGCAAAGAUGGUAAUGGACUACAGUGACUUUGGUGAUGUACUUUGCUUCGAUACAACCUACAGGAUAAGCGAAGAUUGUCGUCUAUUUUCACCGUUCGUUGGGGUGAACCAUCAUAAGCAAAUGGUGAUCUUUGGUGCUGCACUUUUAUAUGAUGAAACUGUUGAUUCUUUCAAGUGGCUGUUCCAAAAGUUUUUGGAGGCAAUGUCUGGUAAGAAGCCAAAGACAAUCCUCACUGAUCAAGAUGAAAUAGUGUCUGAAGCAAUUAGUUCCAUAUUACCGGACAUAAACCAACGAGUAUGCGUUUGGCAUGUGUACCAAAGAGCACUCAAGCAACUGAGUCAUAUGUUUAUAGGUUCUCCGCCUUUCGUGAAUGACUUACUCAGUUGCUUUUUUGAUCACGAGGAAGAAGAAGACUUCAUUGCUUCAUGGAACCAUAUGAUGGAUCUACAUGGUCUUUGGGAUAAUGAAUGGUUGAACAAGAUUUUCGAAAACAGGGAGCAAUGGGCCAUUGCAUACAAACGGCACAUCUUUUGUGCCGACAUAAAAUCCGUGCAACUGCGUGGAAGUUUUAUACUUAAUCUAAAGAAAUACUUAAAGUCUGAUUCUGAUGUGCUUUCAUUCCUUAAGCAACUUGGGAAAAUGGUGAAUGAUUGGCACUACAAAGAGUUGGAAGCUAAUUAUGAUAUGUCCCAAAACAUGCCGAAACUAAUGGGGGAUGUGAUUCUCUUGAAGCAUGCAAGAGAUGCCUACACACCAAGGAUAUUCGAAUUAUUUCAGCAAGAAUAUGAAACAUGUCUGAAUAUUGUUGUUAACCAAUGCAUUGAGAAUGGUUCGCUGCUCGAGUAUAAAGUCAGCAUAUACGGCCAACCUAGAGAGUACACAGUAAGUUAUAACUUGUCUAACAACACCGUUUGUUGUAGUUGUAUGAAAUUCGAGUUUAUAGGAGUGUUAUGCAGUCAUGCAUUAAAAGUGCUAGAUUAUAGUAAUAUUAGGUUGCUCCCAAGCCAAUACAUCUUAAAGAGGUGGACAAGAGAGGCUAGAGUUUAGAGCUUGGUUGCUGUAUCUGACAAGCAAUUAGUAAUGUAAUGAAAGAGCUGUAUUUUGAUAUGCAAAA